AUGGCGAGUGGGUUUCCGCCACAGAAGCAAGAGACACAACCAGGGAUACAACAUGUCAUGGAUCCAACUCCUCAAUUCUCUAGCCCUAACUACAAACCCUCCAAUAAACUUCAGGGAAAAGUGGCGCUGGUGACGGGAGGAGACUCAGGGAUAGGUAAAGCAGUGUGUCACUGCUAUGCUCUUGAAGGAGCGAGCGUGGCUUUCACGUACGUUAAAGGUCGAGAGGACAAAGACGCAGACGAAACGCUGCGUUUGCUUCACGAGGUUAGGACACGGGAAGCUAAAGAACCGAUCAUGAUCGCCACUGAUUUAGGGUUCGAGGAGAAUUGUAAGAGGGUCGUAGAGGAAGUCGUCAACGCCUUUGGACGCAUCGAUGUGCUUGUCAACUGUGCAGCUGAGCAGCACGAGGUUUCGAUUGAGGAUAUCGAUGAGGCGAGGCUCGAGAGGGUGUUUCGUACCAACAUCUUCUCCCAGUUUUUCUUGGCCAAGUACGCGUUGAAGCACAUGAAGGAAGGGAGCAGUAUCAUCAAUACGACGUCGGUUGUUGCAUACGCAGGAAGCUCGAGUUUGCUAGAGUACGCCUCUACAAAAGGAGCCGUCGUUGCCUUCACACGUGGGUUAGCUCUUCAGCUUGCAACGAAGGGCAUACGUGUGAACGGGGUGGCUCCAGGUCCGGUGUGGACUCCACUGAUAACCGCUUCGUUCUCCGAGGAAGCGAUCAAGCAGUUUGGGUCAGAGACACCGAUGAAAAGAGCGGCUCAGCCCGUCGAAGUGGCUCCUUCCUACGUCUUCUUGGCUUGUAACGAUUGCUCUUCUUACUACACCGGUCAGAUCCUCCAUCCAAACGGUGGUCUUAUCGUGAACGCUUGA